AUGGCGAGGUUCAGUGUGGAGGGAGAUGAGUAUGACGAUGGGAAUGGAGAGGGGCCCAGCAACAACAAACCCUUGCGCAACAAAAGACACCGCACCUCCCUUCCCAUCGCAGAAACACGGAAGAGGGCCACCGCCGGAAUAACCUUAUCCACAUCUCCCGAUCCUCAAAUUCGGUAUAGUAGCGCCUACUCACAUGAUUCAGAAGAAGAAUCAGAAGAACGAGAAGAAGAAUCAGAAGAACGAGAAGAAGAAGAGGAGGACGAAGAAGAAGAUUAUGAAGACGAAGAAGAAACGGUACAACCCACUGAAUCAAAUGUAGAUCCGCCUCGUAAUAGAAAUGGUACCGACUGCGUGGAUGCCCAGGUUCCACUUUCAGUGACCCUAAUCGACCCGGAUGUGCUCGAUUGCCCGAUUUGCCUCGAACCUCUCACUCUGCCCAUCUAUCAGUGUUCGAGCGGGCACAUAGCGUGCGCAUCUUGCUGCACCAAGAUGAAGAACAAGUGUGCAAGCUGCAGCUUGUCGAUUGGGUACCAUCGCUGCAGGGCCAUCGAGAGGGUUCUCGACUCUGUCAGAGUCUCUUGCUCUAAUAUGCGACACGGUUGCAGGGAAUCCUUACACUACAGCAAGAAAGUCGUACACGAGAAGACGUGCAAUUAUGCACCAUGCUCGUGCCCCUAUCCCGGCUGCAUGUUCUCCGGCUUGGCCAGAUCCAUCUACACACACUUUUCCAUAAGGCACCGGGGAUCAGGCAAGCAGUUUGUCUUCAACACGGCAUGCUCGGUUUCAUUGGUGGCCGGCCAUAAGUAUGUUUUUCUUCAAGAAAAGACCGACUCUACACUUUUCGUGCUUAAUCAUUGCGUUAGGGAUCUGGGGAGGUUGGUGAGUGUGGUUUGCAUUGCACAGGCUUCAUCGGAUAGGAAAUUCGUGUAUGAUAUUUGUGCGAGUGAUGGUGAGAGCACAAUCAAGCUGACAAGUGUAGCAGAGAACACAGGGAAGUGGGUUGAGAGGCCUCCGGAGAAAAAGUACGUUUUGGUUCCUAAAGAUUUUACAGGCCCGUCCGGGUUGCUUGUUUUGGAGUUUACGAUAUGGAGGGCCAGUCAACCAAAUUGAACUCAGAGUUGGCUACAUUUGUAUUAAUGACUUGUGUACGUUUGUUAAAUUGUUAAAGACAAUUGGGUGUAGAUGUAGAUGGGUGAUUGUUUUUCUUGUGGCACUCGACUCAAAUUCCAACUCACACCCACAUUAAAAGUUAAAACACAAACAGACAUAAAAAAGGGACUGUAUGCAAUUGAGGAGAUGAGUUUGCUUUGCUUCUCGCUUUCCUCUUAUUGAAAUAUUGUGAUUCAUCUGUUCCUGAACCUUUUUAGUGUUUCUUAAUUGCAAC